AUGAGGCGUGUUGAUGGACCUGAUCCUGUCUCGAUUCGUAUUCAUGAAAAGCUUGUUGGUUUGACUCCGAAUGCUCCAGAAUGUUGUAUAUUCAGAGUGCAUACCCUGUUACGCAACGUAAAUCAAAAAGCAUACGACCCUCAAUUACUUUCCAUUGGUCCUUACCACCGCGGCAAGGAUGGCUUAAGGCUCAUGGAAGAUCACAAAUUGCGCUAUUUACAGCUACUUCUUCAAAGGAGAAACGAAACAAGUGUAGAAACAUAUAUUAAGGCCAUGAGAGAAUUGGAAGGAAGAGCUCGUAGAUGCUAUGCAGAACCCAUUAGCCUAACCACGGAUGAGUUUGUAGAAAUGAUGCUUCUUGAUGGAUGUUUCAUCAUUGAGCUGUUUCGCAAAUUUGAAAUGUUGGAUCUAAUAGAUGAACGUGACCCAAUUUUGCAAUUCGGUUGGAUGUUCUAUAGCUUAAAGCGUGAUCUACUGUUAUUCGAAAACCAAAUUCCAUUCUUUGUUCUCACUAAAUUGUUCAAGAUGACUAAGGUUCCUAAUCAAGAGGGCAACCUUAUUGAUCUAGCUGUGCUUUUCUUCCAAGUAUCAUUAUUACCAUUUGGACACCAUAUCUCUGCAUCAAGUCAUGAAUCUUUCAUAGACAUUGAGCAUCUACUUGCUUUGUUAUAUAAAUCUUUCACUCCACCAUCUGUAGGAAUUGAAGACAACACUGAAGAAAAGUUGAAUUCGAUACCUAGUGCCACGGAGCUUCAAGAGGCUGGAGUCAAAUUGAAGAAGUUACAGAGUGGUAGCUUCUUUGACUUAAAGUUCAACAACGGGGUACUGGAAAUUCCGUUUUUGAAUAUAGAUGAUGGAUCAGAAUCAAUCUUCCGAAAUCUAAUUGCAUAUGAGCAAUACGGUCGAAAUAAUGAUGUCAAAUACGUCACAGACUAUGUGAGCUUCAUGGAUGAUCUCACCAACUCUCCAAAAGAUGUUGAAUUAAUUCGUCGACAAGGAAUUAUUGAAAAUUGGUUGAGUGAUGAUGAAGCUGUCUCCACUAUGUUUAACAAGCUUGGUGAGAAUGUUAUGGUAUCCAACGACUAUUAUGCUCAAAUUUUCAGAGAUGUGAAGAAGCAUUGCCGAGAACGUAAGAAUGUGUGGAUAGCAAACUUAAGGCACAAGUAUUUCAACAGCCCUUGGGCAUUGAUUUCAUUUCUUGCUAUUGGAUUUGUUAUGAAAAGUUGCAGAAAACAGAGUACAAAGAACUAA